AAAACAAAUGGAUCACAUGGAGCGAGAUUAACCAGCGGUCGGUUAAUGUCACGCUUUAUGAACACAGCAGGAGACAUUACAACACGAGAUUAAUCGCAAAGGGAGUCAGAAUGUUAUCCUGUGUGUAGUCGUUGUUUCUGUGUGUUUCUGUGUGUAGUCGUUGUUUCUGUGUGUUUCUGUGUGUAGUCGUUGUUUCUGUGUGUUUCUGUGUGUAGUCGUUGUUUCUGUGUGUUUCUGUGUGCAGCUCACGGAGCUCUUGAACGUCGCAGUAAAAGCAGCAUGUUGACCCGGAUUACAACAGAGCUGCUGUGUAAAGGCUCUCCUGGCUGAUGGCUGUGUCUGAAGACGUUUCCCCCCCGCCUGCAGCCGAGCCUUGAAGACGCUCAGCAUGGACGCGUCGGAGCAGAAGCGUUUCUCGGCCGCGGACUACGUGAUAUUCGCGCUCUUGCUCGUGGCCUCUGUGGGCAUCGGGCUGUACCACGCUCUCUCCGGUGGCCGCCAGCGCACCACGCAGGAGUUCCUGCUGGCGGACCGGAGCAUGAGCUGCCUUCCCGUCUCGCUGUCGCUCAUCGCCUCCUUCCAGUCCGCCGUGGCGAUCAUCGGCGUUCCGGCAGAAAUCUACACGCACGGUACGCAGUACUGGUUCAUCGGCUGCUCCUACAUCCUGGGCCUCCUGAUCCCUGCGCAUGUCUUCAUCCCUGUGCUGUACAGACUGCAGCUCUCCAGCGUUUACCAGUAUCUAGAGCUGCGCUUCAGUAAAGCGGUGCGUAUCUGUGGGACUCUGACCUUCAUCUUCCAGACGGUGAUCUAUAUGGGACUCUGUGUUUACACUCCGGCCUUCGCUCUGAAUGCAGUCACUGGCUUUGAGUUAUGGGCUGCAGUGCUGGCCACUGGACUCGUGUGCACGGUGUACACAACAAUGGGCGGUCUGAAGGCCGUCAUUUGGACAGACGUCUUCCAGACGCUGGUGAUGUUUGCAGGGCAGCUCGCCGUCAUCGUGGUCGGGGUGCAGCGCACCGGAGGCGUGUCCGAAGUCUGGAGGAAAGUCCAGGAAGGAAACCGCAUCUCUUCUCUGGACCUGAACCCCGACCCCACAGAGAGACACACCUUCUGGACUCUGGGUGUCGGCGGCGUCUUCCUCAUGCUGUCUCUGUACGGCGUGAACCAGGCGCAGGUCCAGAGAUACCUCAGCGCUCGCACGGAGAGAGAAGCCAUCAGGUCUGUGUACAUGGCGUUCCCCUUCCUGCAGCUGGCGCUGGCUCUCAGCUGCACGAUGGGACUCGUCAUGUUCGCUCGUUACUGCGGAGAAGAUCCGUCGGAGCGUCUGGGCACGCGCUCCAGAGACGCCAUGGUGAUGUACUUUGUGAUGGACAUGCUGGAAGGUCUUCCUGGACUUCCUGGUCUGUUUGUCGCCUGUUUGUUCAGUGCAGCUCUCAGCACCAUCUCUUCGGCCUUUAACUCUUUGGCCACCGUGACGAUGGAAGACCUCAUCAAACCACAUUUUCCCGCCAUGACGGAGGCGAGAGCGACGCUGCUGUCCAAAGCUUUAGCUCUGUUCUACGGGCUGCUGUGUCUGGCCAUGGCGUAUCUCUCUCACCUGAUGGGGGAGUCAGUUCUGCAGGUCGCUCUGAAAAUCUUCGGGAUGGUCGGAGGUCCGAUUCUGGGACUUUCUGUCUCGGGAUGUUCUUCCCGUGGGCCACUCCACCGGGGCGGGAGCCGGUCUGGGAGCCGGUCUGGGUUUGGCGUUCUGGGUCGGUAUCGGGAGCAUCGUCACUGGCGGCUCCGACACGAAAACGCUGCCGUCCAACUGCAAAGCGGCCAACACGACGGCUGCUGCCCUCGCUGCACUCAGCAACGCCACGCUGAGCCGGCCCUCUGGCCUGAAGAGGUUUUACUCGUUGUCCUACAUGUGGUACAGCGCGUUCAACUGCCUCACAGUCGUCAUCAUAGGCCUGAUCAUCAGCAGCCUCACAGGCCCUAUGAAGGAGGAAGACGUGACACCAGGAACCAUCUACCCGUUGUUGGGGAAGCUGCUGUGCUUUCUGCCUGAACGCCUCAGAAAGAAGCUCUGCUGCACAACGCCGCCGGGACGCACGCUCUCAGCACAAGACAUGAAUGGACUGACACACGAGGUCAGAGCUCGAGCUGCUUUAAUGGAGCACGAAACCUCCCUGUGAGCGUCUGUCUGCAGCCUCAGCGAAACAUCUUCUGUUCACAUCUACGACUGUAUGCUCAACAACCUCUCGUGACUCUGUUUUAUAAAGUUUUUAACCGCCGCUGACUCGUCUUAACCGCCCGCUAGUGACCAACCAAAACAGACUUUACAUUGAGCGGAUUCCUCAUGACGUCCGGAUAACAUCUGGAGAAUCAGUUCCGCACAUUGAGUUGUGAAGUGGCUUUAGUCUGUCGCAGGCCACUGUGUGUUGUUUGUUAGGAUGUUAUGAAGUUAUGAAGUUAACACGAUGCGAGGGGAAUAAAUCCCCGUCAACCUUCUUAGUUUGGGAGACCUGCUCUCUGCUGAGCCACUCUUUCUAUUUAUGUGUUGUUUUGGUUUUGCGAACAAAGAUGUAUUUGCACAAUCAAAUGCUGCAAAGAGACGGUUAUAAUUUUACAGAUGCACAAACGGUACAACGGUCCUGAGAGGCAAGUAAAAAAUAAAUAAUAAUAAUAAAUCUUAUUUUCUAAACUUUCUUAAUACUUAAUAAUCUGUGAAACUCUUGGAAAACAUAUUACAUAUUUCUACAUUUUCUUUUAUCCAUGAGAACACUUUUUAUUUUCUUGUCAGGAUAAAAUAUUCAUGUUUUCUAUCAAAAUAAAUUAAUGUUACACAAACUCGUAAAACUCACC